UGGUGGCCGUUAAAGUUUCAUCUGACGGGCCCGGGUUCCUUCAAUAAGCAAAUCGGAUGACUCUCCAAGUUUGCCGUUUCACCACGACGUUUCUCGCGUUUCUCGUUCUCGGGGCGUUUGUGUAAAGCACCUACCACCACCGGUGAGGUGGGAGGGAGGGAGAUGGCAGCUAGCGGUAGCGGCGGCGGAGGAGGAGGAGGAGGAGGAGGAGGGGUGAGUCGGGAAGGGAGCGCGAAGGCGACCGUGGCGGAUCGGAUAAGCCAGGCAGUGCAGUCGACGUCCAAUCUUCUUCACCUCAUGCAGGAAUCCUCUCCUUCCCAGGCUGAGUUAAUAAAGCUUCCUAAGAAUCUAUUUGCCAAAGUAUCUACCAUCAAGAACACUGGGCAAGUUCUGGACCAACUACCACGGGUUAUAUCUUCCUUGGAUGCAUAUAUGGAAAGCAGCUUACAUAGUGCUCCUCAGCUGAAGACUGUGACUCAGUUGCUGUCUCACAUGGAAAAUUCUCAGCUCAAGUAUGUGUUUCCAACCAGUCAGCAACCAGAGGAGCAAAAACACGCAGACUCGGAAAACACUGCAGUGGCCAAUUCUUCUUCUGAUCAUGGAGUUUUCUCCUCUAAUAAUGGAGAAGGCCUAAGCCAUCAUGAGAGUCACUGAACCAUUUCCAAGCACCUCAAACCCCCUUGCGGUAACCAAAAACUCCUUUCAAGUUCCUUGCUGAUUUCUUGAUGCAUCUGAGGAAACUGUGUUUAUACCUUCUUUCCUUUUUUCUGUUUUGAGGCAAUUGCUGCAUGCAGGGUCCCUCUUGGAUCAUCCUACAGGUAGAAGUUGUUUCAUGUAAAGUAGCGUUGUUGCACAAUGUCUCUGUUUGUUUUCCAGUGAAUGAAGACUGCAACUGAAGCAAGGAACUUUGCAAACUGUAGUUUAGCCAUUUGGUCUGUGGACAUGCCCAGGAUUAAACUCCUAAUGGCCACCAUGUGUAUUUUGGUUCCAAGUUCCUACCUGACCUAAACAAGGUCUGUCACAAUCUAAUGACAAGUCUC